GCAACAAUUGAAAGAAAAAGAAAAAACCAGUAAUUAUGACAUUUGUGACUUAAUUUCAGAUUCAGAAUCUGAUGAUGCAGAAAUAGCAACAAGUUACCUGUAUAAUCAUUCCUAUUCAAGUGAUGAAGAGUCAUUAAGUUCAACUUCUUCUGCACCUGAUGAAAAAGUAUCACAUUCACUCCCUUUUCCAUUAGUGCCUAUACCACCAACACUUUCUUAUGCUAUGAUUAGAAAAAUGCUAGAAGAAGGUUUAGAAUCUGAUGAAGUAAUUGGCAAAAAUGACACACUAAGUAGUUCAUCAGCUUUGCAGCAGUUUAGUGAACAAUUCGCCUUUGUUAGAAAAUAUUAUAAUAUCAAAGUUAACGAAGGACCAAAAAGACAAUGUAGAAUUUUAAGUGAUAACCUUAGUUUAAAUUUUGAUGACGACUUGAUUUAUAAGUUUGAGAAUGGCAAGUAUGAUUCAGCAAUUUCAUCUUUACUUAGUUUUACCAAUAGUGAAUAUUUAAAGACAGUUAGAUCAAAGGAAUGUAAUGCUAACUUGCUGCACUGGGCUGCAUAUCAUGGAUGGAUUGAUAUAAUUGACAUGCUGAUUAAUGAUCAUGGCUUUGAUCUAGUGUUUACAAAUACAGCUGGUCACACAUGUGUUCAUUAUGCUGUUUUUGGUCGGAAAUUAGAGACUCUUAAAGUAUUGGUCACAAAACACCAUUGUGAUCCUAUUUGUAAAGAUUCAAAAGGUAGAACUCCCCUUUUUAUUUCAAUAGCACGUGGAUACUUUGAUAUUAUUAAGUAUUAUAUGACAUCAUUAGGUUAUGAUAGUUGCAAUGGUAAGCCUCUUGGCAUUGUUGCUGCAAGGCAUGGGUAUCUUCAUGCAUUGAAAUACCUAAUUAAGGAAUGCAAUUUCAAUGCAAGCAAGUCGACAUGUUCAGAAAACAAUACGGCUCUUGAUUAUGCAGCAAGACAUGGGCAUUUUAAGACUGUAAUGUAUUUGGUAAUAGAAUGCAAGUGUGAUCCUAAUGAAGGCUGCAUGAAGCCUCUUCACCAUGCAUCACAGAAAGGGCACAUUGACAUUGUCAA